AGCGAUUCACUUAGUCAUGCUGAAUAUAAAUCGAUUUUAAAAGAUGUCAAAAAAGCUAUAGACAAAUUACAUGAGGAAAAUAUUGUUUUUGCUGACCUCCGUGAUUCCAACAUUUUAGUUAAUAAAUCUCAAGAUCAGUAUCAAGGAAUGUUGAUAGAUUUCAAUUGGGCAGGUAAAGAAGAAAUCGA